AUGUUUACCUCAGUGCUUGGAGAAGCUUGUCUGAGCGGUAAGGUACGAGAUGCUGUCACAAAGUCCGCAUGGUUUGUCUUCAUCUUGAGCAGUCCCUUCCUUCUCACUUAUCUUUUCACCUCCAUCCGCUUUCUCUGGCAGAAUCAACGGUACGAGAAGCCAAACAGGCGGCCUGCCGUACCUCCAUACUUUAUUCCAGGACUUGGCCAUACCCAUGCGAUUCUCUUCAACGCCGAGAAAUUUCUUCGUCCUCUACAGUACGUAAACACGAUGAAGGUCCACCUCAACAUCAUGUUUGCUAAUACUAGUCCCAGGUCUCGCCUGAAUGGCAUCGUCAUAUCCCUUUCAGCACCUGCAAGUUCGCUUUGCUACGUCCUUCCUGGCGAAGGUGUGCGGUCACUCUUUAAGGGGCCUCGAGAACUCGUCCCAGUACCUAGCAUCUUCGAUGCGUUGACAAUAUUCUUCGGUCUAGAAGCAGUGGACUAUCAUGUGUUCGAACAUGACCAUAUCUCGGCAUUCGAGAGUCGUGACGGCGCAGGAUGCUCCACAUCUCAUCCGGACGCAUCCCGAAGAAUCAUGGAACAUCAACGAAAAGACUUCAUCACUUUUCUGAAUGGGGAGAAUUUGAGGCUUGUGAUGGACAGAUUCUCUUCCAACCUCAGUCAAAGACUCUGGCCACAGAACGCGUUUGUUCCGGACCAAGAUCCCGUCGUCCUUCCUGAUUUGUACAAGUUCGUCCGCGACGUCAUUUUCCGUGCGGAAGUCGAGGCACUGUACGGGGAGCACAUCUUCAGGGUUUGCCCAUCAUUUUGUGAAGACUUUUGGGCCUUUUACGAUGCAUUUCCUGUUGUCUCACGUGGUAGCCCACGAUGGAUGUAUCCCUCCCAAUACCGUACGCGCGACCGCAUAAUCAGGAGUCUGAGCAAGUGGAGGAGCUGGUGCAUCUCUCACAGCAUCAAUGAUGAUGCGGAACCGGGUGACGCUGAAUUUGAUCCUAUCUGGGGGACCCGUUACGUGAGGAACAUGGUCCGGCGCUAUGAGGAUCUAGGGUUCUCGGAUGCCGGGACAUCGAGCGUCAUCCUUGGCUUCUUAUUUGUCACAACUGCCAACACCAUUCCAGCCGCCUGCUGGAUGGUGCUGCACGCUCUCCUGGACCUCACUCUUACGUCCAGAUUAAGACACGAGUCAGGCAUUAGAGACAACAGCGAGGAAACAUCACUAGACUGCACCGCACUAUCGUCGGCUCCGCUCCUAAACUCAGUCUACCGAGAGACAUUACGACUUCACGUUGCCGGCGCUAUCGGCCGCAAAUCGGUCGGGGCUGGUCUCCGUCUCCACGGAGAUUCCUUCUCCACUUUGCCAUCGGGAACCACCGCUUUAUCAGCAAACUGGCUCGGUGGCCUCGACGGAGCCGUCUGGAACACAGGCCGGACCAUCAACGGGGUCUCGGAGCAUUCUCUCGAGUCCUUCUGGGCAGAGCGAUUCCUCGAGUAUCCCGAUGACCCGACAAGCGGCCCGCUUCGGAGAUCUGACUCGGCGAGACACAACUACAAUGUAUCAGAGAAGUGCGUGCGCGAUGAUAUCAAAGCCAAACUGUCCAAUCCGUCAGCGUUGCGAGGGCACUUCUUUCCCUUUGGAGGAGGCGCCUGGAGGUGUCCGGGCGAGACUUUGGCGAAGAACACCAUUCUCGUCUCCGUCUUUCUCAUUCUAAGGGACUUUGAUGUGGAGAUUCUGGACCCGGCGGAUGCGACCAAGGCUCGGUCACAUCAUCGAGCUAUGCCAUUUGGAUCGCAUGCAUUUGAUAGAGAGGCCGCAUGA